UUGCAGUAGACUUACUAAUAACUACUCUGACGCAACUUUACAGAAAGCUACGGCCAGUUUUUCACGUCAAGUUGACUGCAAAGAAUUAGUAUUCAAUUAAUUGUCGCAAAUGAUUUCCCACAGCUGCCAAAUUCAAAGCAACUUUUGUCCUCCAGUUUUUCCCGCAAUUUUCAGACAUUACGUUCUGUCAACUUGUUUUCCCAACGGUGUAGAUUUACAACAAUUUUUAUUAGUUCGUUGUACUCAUAUUGUAGUCAAAAGUUUGAAUAUCUCAUAAUUAGCAACAUCUUGUCAAGUCAUAGGAAAUUUUUGUGUCUGGACUCCCAAUUUACUACGCAGUCAAAAAUAAAAUUUCAUUCACAAUCAUAGACCUCAAGGCUGUUGUACAUCUUAACCUUGCUUUAAAAAACACUACCACGUGCGCAUGUUUGAAAACAAAAGUAAUGUUUAUUUUUUUCAUACUUUACAUAUUCGUAGUAUAUUAAUUUAAUAUUUAAAAAUUUUAAAAUGGGAAUACGCGGAUUGACAACAUACGUGCAGAAUAAAUCAGAUUAUUUUUUUGAACCGUACGAAUUAUUCAACACAAAAUUAGUUAUCGACGGUUGGAGCCUAAGUGCGCAGUUGUAUUGUCAUGCAACUUACAGUGACAGCAUAUUCGGCGGAGAUUAUGAUCAAUUUGCCCACUGCGUUACAAGAUUUUUCGAAGACUUACUCCGUUGCAAUGUUACACCUCUGGUUAUCCUCGACGGCGGGUGGGAAGACAAAAAAUAUAAUACCCUAAUAAUCCGUUUUAGAGAGAAACUACGAACCGCAUCUUCGAUGAGUUUCAAAAUCCAUGAACGCACAAUACAUUUCCCGUUACUGUUACCUGACGUAUUCGUUGAUGUCAUGGACAAGAUGGAGAUCAAAUAUUUUAUGUGUCCGUUUGAAGCUGAUGAGGCUGUUGCUGGAAUAUCCAGAGCCUUAAAUUGGCCGUUGCUCAGCUACGACUCUGAUUAUUACAUUUACGAUGUAAUGUACAUACCUCUAAGUACACUAGACCCUUACAUUGUUCGCUACGCCAAAGGCUACGUCAAGAAGUGUAAAAUAUACAGGGUACAAAAAUUACUAAACAAAUUCCACGGGCUAGAUGUUACGUCUCUGCCCUUAGCUUCCAUUUUAAUGGGAAAUGAUUACAUAAAUAAUCAUGUAUUCGAUGAUUUCUUCUUUUCGCAAUUGCGGAUGCCAAAACAACAAGUUACCAAUUACCGGCAAUUGAAAAUUGAACGUAUCUUCAAUUGGCUGAAGCAUUACACGUUGAAUGGAGCAAUGAAUAAAAUUGUUCAAUAUCUGAGUAAAAAUCAGUGCGAGUUCGUGAUAAACCAAAUGGAAAUAGUCAUCAACUCAUAUUUGAAUAUUUCUACUCAUAUGCUGGGUCCUUUAGGUUUAAACCCUGAGUUUAUUGAAGAUAUAGAGAAGAAUAUAUCAAUUUUUAAAUUUGAAGACGAAAAAUCGAAGCUGAAAAAUGACAGUAGGGACAAUAGUGAAGAUAUUGACAAAGAUGAUGAUAAGGAAGCUUACAAAAUAUUAAUUAACGCUGCGGAAGAUGAGUUUGCGGCAUGCGUACCGAAGUGGUUCAUGGAAAAUCAUUCAACUGGACGACUUCCAAUAUAUUUUGUGAACAUUAUUACCCAUCGUCGCUAUAUAAUGCCUGUGCAAAUAGAAGUGAUGGAUUACCCAUCAGCGCAUGACAUAAGUAUGCCGAUAGUAAAGAAAAUUUGUAGUUUACUAACUACAGUUAACGACAAUAUUGAUAAAGAAGACGAUGUAGUUAUAGAAUUGAUCACUCGUGAAGAUAAAGAAAUGCGAAGAGUUAAUUUACUUGUUCCGAAAUCAACUGUUACGUUGGAAAACUUGCGCAUGCUCAGUGAAAAAGAAAGAAGAAAUAUAAUUGAUGAAACAAUCGAAGUUGAAGAGAGUUAUCAUUUGGAAGAACUGCCUUCAGCUUGGAGAUUGUACGUCGCUGUAAUUAUCUAUUGGAUAAAGCAGAAUGACGAACCGGUUAGAAGCCAACUACACUUGGAUUGUCUGCUAGUGUCGAUGUUCUCUGGAAUUAUUGAUAAAAAACUGGGAUUCCGGCGAUCGAAGGAAAAAUUUCAGAGAAAAUAUGCUGAUGAUUUGGCUCGGAUACAAGAAGAAAGAAGACUGAGGAAAUUAACAGCUGAUAGGGAAUCUUCUAUUCUGACGAAUUUGAUAAAUGAAAUUAGUGAGGAAGAUUGUAUUGCUGCGUUACCAUUUUUCUUAGAGCACUUUGAAGUUAGUAAAAAUUUGAGAGUGUAUCCUGGUAACUUUGAUUUGAAUAUCGUACAUGUUUUUUCACAAUUUCAAAGCUGUCUGAGACACGCGAUGCAUUUAAAUGCGUUAUUGGGUUUUAUUUAUGAAAGAACGUCAGUUAGUAGCUUCUUUAAUGGGAUGUUGCUGUACAAUUUUUAUAAUAAUUUCAAAACGAGAAAUGAUGUUGAACGUUAUGUCUCUACCCGAUUAGAAAAUGCGCCGGGAAUUUUGAAAGUUUUUCAAUUACUGAGGAGAAAAGUUAUUGACAUUUUGAACAGUUGUCAAGUUGAAGUCCACGAGGGCGCGAAGAAUGUGAGAAGAAAGAAACGGCGGAAUAAAAAAAAUAAAACGGUCGAAAAUGAUGAUGUUGAUUGUUUGGAAGAUAACAGCAGCAAUGAUGCUGAUGCGCAUGAUUAUAAUGAUCCGAAUAAUUCGUUUUCGAUGCUGAAAAUAUCUUAAGUGAAAAUAUUUAAUAGAAGGGUACAAAAAAUUAUAUCCAAAUUUAAAAAUAAGCAACGAUUCAAUGACACAAAAUAUUGAAGUUAUAACACCAGGAAAGAUAGAAGAACUGUC